AUGCAAGGCACAGAAGUAAAACUGGAUACUGUGAAGGAUCGUUAUCGAACCUGUUGCGAUAUUUGUCAUAUCAAAAUCGGUACUGCAAUUCUCGGUGCGGCAGAAGCCGUCGUAUGUGUGAUGGUUUUAUUGAGCGCUAUUCAACAAAUCGUAUGGAAGAGUGGAGGUUCACAUAAUUGUUCUAACAAGGUUCUCCAGGAUUGCCUUAUAUUUCACUUCAGUCAUUUUGACGUAACUCUUGUAUUCGACUACAUCGUGAUCGCCAUGAUAAGUUUCAUGCUGUUCAGUGUAGGUUUAUUCACUUUUUCAUUACUAUGCAUCUAA